GGAGGAGGAGGAGGAGGGGGAGGAGACUAGUACUUUUCUCUGAAUGUAGUCCUCUGAUCGCUGUCAGUGUGACUGUGCCGACCUACCGGUUUACAACGCGUUAGCCCCGGCUUCUCCAGCACCUCUCAGACAGAACCAUGAAGAUCUGGACUUCAGAGCACAUAUUCAACCAUCCUUGGGAGACUGUGACCAAGGCUGCUAUGCAGAAGUACCCCAACCCCAUGAACCCCAGUGUGAUCGGAGUGGAUGUUCUGGACAGAAACAUCGACAAACAGGGACGCCUCCACAGUAAAAGGCUGCUCAGCACAGAGUGGGGUCUUCCAUCCAUAGUCAAAUCUAUCAUUGGAAACGCACGGACGUACACGUAUGUUCAGGAGCAAUCGGUGGUGGAUCCCAAAGAGAAAACGUUCGAACUUCAGUCUACAAAUAUCACAUUCACAAACAUGGUGUCUGUGGAUGAAAAGUUAACGUACAAACCACACCCCCAAGAUCCAGAGAAAACGGUACUGACUCAGGAGGCCAUUAUCUCUGUGAAAGGGGUCAGUCUCAGCAGUUACCUGGAGGGAGUUUUGGCCAGUACCAUCUCUGCAAAUGCUGGAAAGGGCCGUGAAGCCAUGGAGUUGGUAAUCAGGCGACUGAACGCAGAAAUCGAGGAGCUGGCCGCCACAGCGCGGGGGACCAUGCGCACCCCGAUGGCCGCUGCAGUCACUGAGAAAUGACACAUGCCUCUGUUGUCCAGCAGUGUCUGAGCGAAACCAGUACGACCAGCAUCCCUUCCUGGAUGCUGUUUUGGUGCUCUGGGGUUUUUUUGUAUUAUUUAAAGUUACAAUCCAACCAUCUGGUUCACUUGACUAUCUACAUUAGAUAUAUUUUAAGCAGCAGGCUGCAGCAUGAGGAGGUCCUGUUGAGUGAUUUCAGCGGAUGCCGUCUGGCAGGACUGCAGAGAUUAGAACUAUGUGGCACACUGGUACAAGUUUGAACAUCGUUUGUUCUCGGACGCGUGUGGCACUGGCAGAAAUGUAGCCGUGGGCGAACUGGAAACAUCCAAACAAUGAAAAGUGCCAAAGCGGACACUGCUUUUUGUCCAGCGUCUUCAAACCUUUGCCAGAUGUGUUUUCAUCUGGAAAACGACCUCAGAAUGUGUGCGAGUCUCCUCUAUCAUGAACUCUGUUCGAAGUGACAGGGUCAAAAGAAAAACAGUUUAUGGUAAGAUGUACAGGAGAACUGUACUGUAAUGACUGCUUGUGUUUAGGUACGAUGGCUGAAAGUCAACAGAUUACAGGGGUGGUGGUCACAUGCAGUGUAUGUCAAGGGCACAUGUGCUCAGAUCAGAGGAAAUCUCAGUGGGGUUUAUUUGUGUAAGCGGGCCAUCUCAACAAGGUUUUUCUGUGGGACCUCAGUAAUAACAAGACACUGUACCAGGCAGCGUGUGUUGGCCUGAUUAUAAACUGUAUUGUUGUUAUGUAAUAACUAAUAUUGUUAUUAAGGUAUAAGUGAAAUGAAGGGAUCAAGCUACUUGCCAUAUUUAUGUUUUUGAUGUAGAAGGCCUUCUCAAAUGCAAACUCAUUACAACACAGAUGUAAACGGUAAAAACUUCAUUUACUCAACCUUGAACUUGUUUGCUGAACUGAAGCAGGUUUAUACCUGUGAAGGUUCUUGGUCAUCCAGGCCAUGGUAUAUCAAAAAAAAAAGGUCAAACUGAGGCAGCUGGACUUGUAGUGUUUCCUCUUACAAGUCCACUCACACUUGUUUCAGCUUAUUUAUUUUAUUUUAUUUUUAUUAUUAUUUUUAGAUAUUAAGAAGUUUUAUCAACAUAUAAGCCUCUCAGCACGUUCUUUCAAUAAGAAGACCUCAAGACCAUUACAUGCACUUUUACUUGCACUUACAAACUUAUCUAUUCUAAGAAGAAAAAGCUGCUACACCUGCUGAGGGAGCUGACAAUAUGAGCAUGUAUCUGGGAAGGUCUUUUUUUCAUACAGUGGACAGCAGUAUGGUGAUGGUGAACGAACAACAAACUAGUUUCUUUAAAAUAUCUUUUUUUUUUAACCUGUAACAGGAAUAUUUAUUUUAAUAGUUUUCUUUGAAUGAGUGAGUUAUUUAUGGUGUGAUGUCACAUAACUAACCAGAAAGUGUACUUUAUGUUUUUUUUUUGUUUUUUGUUUUUUUUUUUUGUCUAGGUGCCAGUGAUAAAAAGAAAUUCUCUGAACAAAUGCAAAAUGUGGCAAUAAAAUAUUUUAACUUGGAAGUGAUUUAUUUUUUUAUUUAAGGUGAGAUAAAAAAUAACACAUGUCUGGAUUAAUCUAAAAAAUGAAGUGUCCUUUUUUUAAAGUUAGCAUUCAAUACAGAUUUUAAUUCAAACUGUUUUUAAUGAGGAAUAGGUCAAAUUCAUGAUUAUUUAUAUUAAAACCUGGCUGAAGUGAAAGUCAAUCACGGUCAUUGAAUGUAUUAGAGCAGUCGUUUAGCUAAAGGCCAUUAAAAUAGAUUUUUACAUAAAUAAAUGGUUUAAACACUGAAGCAGUUGGUCUACAUGCAGGGAGCAUACGAAAGAUGUUGCCUCUUUUCUGCCACACUGAGGCCAAAUGCUAGUCCUACAAUUUCAUGUGGUGAAAAAAUUAAUGAAAUGUUUGAUGUGAAUUCUGGGUGCCACCAGCAUCCUUUUAUUUCUUUUCUUUUUUUUUUCUUUUUUUCUUUUUUUUUUGCAAAGUUACAAUUUAUUAAUUUUGCCCUUAACUUCUGAGGUGUCUGGAACACAGUGCAGAGACAGAAAACAUCUACCAAAUGUAGGGAAAUAUAAACUUCAGUAUAGGAGAUUAAAAAGUGCGGCUUGACAGAUGUUUUGCAAAUUUAGCUUAAUUUACAGAUAUCACACAGGAAUCCGCAUCCAGUCAAAUCCAUCCACCUCCAGGGCAUGAAGAACCAAUCCAUCUCCUAAAAAAAGAGAAAAGCUUCUUUAUGAAAAUAAAGCAUCAGAUCGAGAACAUUUUCAGUUAACUGAUCCUGAUAAUAGUGAGUUAAAAUUUUUCAAAAACCCAGGGCUGUGUUUGUAUGCAAUGGACAUGGACCAAGAGGGUCAUUUGUGCCUGAUUCUCAUCAUGGACAGUACACAUGGAAACUGGGGAGGUAGGCUGAGGAGGGCAUUCAAGGGUAAUGCUCAUAAAGUGGGAUUUGUGACUGCUGCUAAUGAGACAAAUAUCAUCAGUGAUCGUAACGAGGCAAAGCAAGUCAGAAAUGGAUUGCAAAAGUACAAUUAAACUCUUUUGGAGUAACUGCAUGAAGCCAAAAAAAGGAACAUAUAGCAGUGACAAAGUUUAGGAGCUCAGUGAAUGGGCCAAACGUCACACAGCAGAGGUGGAGAGUAUUGACAUUCAAGGCCUGUUUAGAAGCCAAGAAGAAGAGCACUGAAUACAAGAUGGACUGAGUGAACUGAAAUCCAGGAAGUUAUCAAGGAGAAUGAAUCUCUCCAUUAGACUGAAAAGUGAAGUCUUCAAAUAUUGAAUACUGAAUGUUAAAAUGCAAAACCUGACAAAGAGUAAACCAAAGUUGAGUUGACCGAGGGAGAAACUGUUGAAGAAAAAAAGAAGGCACUAGAAGAUAACGGGGACAAGGAGAAGAAAGCUCUGAAGGAGACAAAGAAAAAGGGGAAAGAAUCAAUCUUAAAGGUGUAGGAAGAAAACAAGAAACUCAAGAAAGAAAAGAGAACUAAAGGAGCAUAAAGUACCAAUGAAGGAGAAUAACCAACUGGACGAGCAAAGAAGAGAAUUUGACAAGACCAAAGAAAACUCUGGAGAGUGUAUCAUGAGCUGGAGAAGUCCAAGAAAGAUCUGCAAGAAUUAAAAGUGUAGACAAUAAGAAAAUGGAGGAGAGUAAGAAAUAUCUGAAGGAGUAUAAUAAGAAACUUGAGGGUGAGUUGAAAACAAUGGAGGAGGAAAAGAAACAACUGGAGGGUAUGAGGAACUGGAGGAGUCAAAGAAAGAUCUGGAGGAGGUGAAGAAAGGAUUACAAAAAAAUAAAAAAGUAAUGAAUGAGAAAAAUGCAGAACUAGAGAAGAAGAAAAAGACUUGGAAGAGACAGAGGAUUAGAGGAACAAGAAGACAGGAACAAGCUGUCAGAGGACAAGAGAAAGUUUAAAGAUAAAGAUUAGAGGAACACAAGAAAGCACUGAAAAAGACUCCAAAAGAUUGAGAGGGAGGAAAGACAAGAAAAGACAAGAAAGAACAAAUGGUAAAAGAAAGAAAAAGAGGAAAGGAAAGAGGAAAAGGGAGGUUUCACAAGAUCCUUUAUACGUGUUUUUUUUACUAUGUUUUAGUGAAAAUAAAGAUACAGUAGAUUGUGAUAUAAAAUGUUGGCAGACUGUACACUUGAAAUUAUAUUAAGGUUAUUAAAGUUUGGUAUAGUAGCCUACAGUAAAACUUUCUCAGAUCUAUCCAGUUGCCAACUAAUUGACCUUGCGAAUGAUAGCAGGACUGUCUAGAGAGCAGAAAUCUUCUGUUUCCAUAUGAAAGUCGGUUCCAGACAAAGGGGGGGAUUUUCCUAGCUACCUUUUGCUCUGGGAAAAGGGUUUGCUCAUUAGAAAUUGCGAUGUUUAGUGAUUGUUGGUAUACAAUAUAAUUGAGUCAUGGAUUUUUUUUUUAAUUUAAUAGAUAACUACACGUGAGGAAAAGAACUGAUUAUUACAGUGUUUAUACGGUGGAAAAUUGAACACAGCAAGGAUAAUACGAUUUUUUUCACUGUAUAUUUUCUAAGGUUAAUGAAACGUACAAUCCGGCUUCCGUAAUUCCCUAAUUCGCGCAUGCGCAAUUCAAAUCUGGCGGUGCAUGCUCGCCUUACGUCCGGUAGGGACAGUCGGCCACGGCAACACCAACAGAAUACAACAUGCCGAAGAAAAACACACUGCCUUCUGAAACACUGCAGAUCCUUGAAUCUCUGUGGGCACAGGGAAUGCAGAACUGCAGCACAAAUGAGAACAAACUGAAAAUCCAGCAGGCAUCACUGGCAACAGGUCUUGUGGAUGAAAGAAUAAAGUGUUGGAUUUACAGCAGGAACCGAAAGAAGAGGAAGGAUGAUGAUGGAGGACAAUCAAAAGAAAACAAGUCAUUUAGCACCUCAACGAAGACAGAGACAUGCACUGAAGAUAUCACAAAUAGUGUUUUUGAAAAGAUGACUCAAGAUGAGACAGAGGAGGUCGACUCUGAAUUCAGCAGGCUGGCACAGGGAGAAGCGUAUCAGGACUCAUCAUCAUCAGAUGAAGAGAGUCAACAAGGAGCAGCUGCUCAACUUAUAAGAGGCAUUGAGGGAAAGGUUCGAGAGCUCCAGGCCUGUGACUGUGAUGUUAUUGUCAUGGUUUACAACCACAACAGCAGGUACCUUUCUACAACUGGGACACCGAGAGCACUGGACUUCCUACGCUCUCAGGAUCCAGGCAUUGAUUUCCAGUUUGCAGCAGCUUUAUCUACCUCUUCUUGAGAUUUGUAUUUUGAACUCAGUAACAUCAUCACUCAGGCAGUGAGUUGGAUGUUGUGCUCAUGGGACCUUUGAACUCUUCAGAAUAUCAGAUCCUGAACUGCUGACAUGUUAAUGCUUUCUGAAACCUGCUGUGAUAUUUGCAACACUUAAAAGUUGUUUAAUUUAACUGUGCAACAAAGAACAGCAACCAUCUUACCCUGAAUGCAUAUAUGCAGUUAUUUGAUGUGGCCACUGGAGAGUUUUAUGAACCAGUACAGUAAUUCUGAACAUACAGAAGCUAAAGUGUCAACAGAUUUUCAGAACUAACUGGAUAUUCUUCUACUGUGUAAUGUCUGUCUCGUUUGUGUUAUGAUAGUUAUUUGAAACAUAUAUUAGUCUAUAUUAAUUGUCAUCAGAGCUGAGGAAUGUACAUGGACGAAUGGUGGAACAUCUUCAGCAACCCAACAAGUCCAGUGUCUUCUUGUUUCAACUUUGUUUUUUGGAUUUAUUUGAAGCUGGAAAAUAAAUGCCUACUUUGUCUCUGAA